AUGUCUACAACAUCUUAUAAUGGUUAUGGAAUAGAGCGAAAUGGAGAGAGUCCACUACUUGAUUGUGACAGUACUGACGUUUUUUACUGUCAUUAUUGUAGCCGCUCAUUUCCACGCUCUCGUAUAAGUCCAACACGUCAUGUAGCACAAUGUAGACGUUUAAAUACUAAUGAAGAUGGUGGUGGGGGAUCGUCUUCUUCCUGUAGUGGUGCUUUGAUGGAAAAUUUUGGUUUUUUCUUUUAAAUUU